GAGGAUUGAGGUUGAAGAGAUUGCAAGGUUGAGGGGGGGUUAGGAGGGUGUAGGAGAGGGGUAAGACAGGUGUGAGAGGGGGUUGAGAAGCAGGUAACCCUGUCCACUAUCCACUAGUCCGGUUGCAGACGUCGUUGCAAGACCAGCACCUCCUCCUCCUCCUCCCCCCUCUCUCAACAUGCAAAUUGCAGUCGUGGCUGUGGUAUUGCUGGCCGUGGCUGUGGGUAUGGGCGUGGGCGUGGGCGUAGUUGGCGACUCUCCCCUCUACACACAGUCCCUGGAAGAAACUUUCAACGAUCGUGCAACUGUUGAAAGCAUAAUUGAUUGCUUCCUAGAGAAGAUCACUUGCUCGCCUCAACAACAGAAAAUCAAAGAACGAGCCUACGCAGCCAUGAGGAACCUAGGCACCUGCCCUAGGUCGUUAUGUACACCUAAGCAGCAACAGGAGAUAACUAGAUCAAUGGAAUUAUUGCAACAAAAACAUCCUGACUUGUUCCUGCAGCUUAUUGCAUCAAUCUUUGGGAUCGACAUUAGUUAAAUUGUAAUUAUUAUUGAUUUAAAAAUUAUUUUUGUAAUGUAUUUAUCUUGGUUUUUACGUAAUUUCGAAAAAAAAGGUUUCUAUAUAUUUAUAGUUAAUUUUCCAAAAAUUAAGACAACCUCUUUUAAUGUCAAAUUUUAUGUGUGUAUAUUAAUGUAAAAAUUAGUUUGUCAUAUUUCAAAAUAUUUUUUAUAAAUAAUGUUACUAGAAAAAUAUAAAAAAAUAGUUAUUUAGAUAUUCAAAAUUUUAUUUUACUUUUUUUUUAAAAAAUUCGAGUUUGAAUAAAAAAAUUUUU